ACAAACAUAAGAAUAAUCGGAUAAUUAACUAGCCUAAACAUUCUAUGGCCAACUGGUGAAUCUAUAUCAAUGUGCCAAGAAGCAAAAAAUGCCUUUAUCAUUCCUAAUGAAGAAUGAAUGUGCAGCUGCAGCCACUGCAACUAAGAAUCGUCUGAUCUUCAUGGUGGAUUACCAGGCUAUGAAUAAGUCUGCUGCUGCUACUGCCGCUUCUGCUGUUAUUGAUUGCAAUGAUGAGUAUGACAAAAAUUUUACCAUGAAUGAACAUCGAUAAAAAUGACAAAAAGACGACAACAGUAAAUCUCGGUGUUUGAAUGAGAAAAAACAAUUCUUAUUUGAAUGACAAAUUAUCAUAUUCGAAGUUAACCUGUAGAAUGUCUUUCUUUAAGAUUGUUCCACUUGUCCGCCGUUUUUUUAUAUCACACAUCGUUUCUAUUUUGACAUACGAUAAAUGAUGAAUGAAGAAAGAAAAACAGUGUUCUUGAAAAAAUCCUAUCCGUAUCGAAUAAAAUACUUCUACUACGAUGAAUAAAAGAAAAAGAAUAAGAAGAAUCCCGUUAGAAUAAUGAAUAAGAAUUUUUUCUUCAUAACACACACAUAUACACCAAGUGCAAGAAGCAUUUUGUAUUGCGACCCACGCCGAAAAAAAAAAAGGUGAAAACAGCCCUGAUUUUUGUUUGUAUGAACAGUGAAGAAUUCUGAAUGUUCGUACAAAUCCAUUGCCAGAUUGACCUUGCCGCUUCCUCGCUUACAGUCAUACAAUUGACCUUUUAAUUUUUGUCAUCAAAAUUACGAACACGACAUCUUAGCCUCAUUAGCUUUAUAUUCAUAGUGGGUGUGUGCCUGUGGUUGAUCUAUUGUUCAUGCAACCUUUGUUCAACCUUCAGGUGUGUCGAAGUGUAUGUGUUUAUCCGUGCAUAUUAUACGGCCCACAGAAAGAAUUGAUUGUGGUUUAACCCUUUUAUCAAUCGUUGGUUGGUUGGUUGGAAUUUUACGGUUUUGAGUGUCGUCUUUAAAUCAUCAUCUUUAUCGAAAGAAUUUUUGGACCACCAAUCCAUACGAUCGAAAUCAUUUUCGAAUAAAUUUAUUUCAAUUUAUCAUUAUUUAUUUUUAAUCGUCUUUCAUAUUUAAUUCAAGUUAUCAAAUUAUCAUAUACCAUCAUCAUCAUUAUUGUCAUCGUUCAUCAAUUGUUUAAUCAGUUCUAAUCUGUUCAUUUCAUUUCGACUACAACUUUUACGAAGAUCCAAAAUGAAAAUAUUACAUUCAUUGGCAACAUUAUUAUUCGUAUUGAUUUUAUUGAUACAAUUGGAUUUAAAUCCAAUUGUAGAGGCAACGGAUGGAUCAUCAAAAUCUGUGUCGAAAGCAACCAAAGGUCUUCAAAAAGUGAAAUGUAAAGAAAAAGUCGAUGAAGCAUUGCGACAAUAUUUUAAAGAUGAGGAUGAUGAUGAUAAUGAUGAUAAUGAUGACAACGACGACGUCGACGAUGAUGAUGCCGAUGAUGGGAAUGAAAGUGAUGAAGAUGCAUUGGAAAAUGAUCGAACUGAUAAUCAAGACUACGGCGACGAUGAUAAUGACGAAGACAAUGAUGAUGAUGAUGAUGAUGACCAAUCUGGUGAAAAAGCUUCAGAUAACGAUAGUAAUGACGAUGAUGAUGAUGAUGAUUCAAAAGAAUCGGCUCAUGAAAACGAAGAUGAUGAUGACGAGGAGAAAAAUCAAGUGAAAAAGAGUGUCCAGUCAGUGGAAAAAAAUUCAGCCCAUGCAUCUGUGAAUAAAAAAUCUUCCCAAAAUGAUCAUGAUGAUGAUGAAGACGAUGAUGAAAAUAGUGAUCAACCAAGACGUUCUCGGGCCCAUAUUGAUGAUAUAUUAAAAGUCUAUGAAAUUGGAUCACAGGAUGAUAAUGCCGAACAGAAUCUAAUACAAUCGAUAUUUCGAGAUGUAAAAAGGGUUUAUGAAUCAACAGUAAAACCAUUGGAAACUAUUUAUAAAUAUCGUCAGAUUACGACCAGAUUAAUCACUGAUUCUGAAAUUUUUUCAAAACCAAUGAUACUCUUUCUUGGUGGAAAAUCUACUGGGAAAUCUUCAUUAGUCAAUUAUUUACUCGGUAUUGAUGGUACAUCUUGGCAAAUACCUACAGGAGCCGCAUCGCAAACAAAAUUUUCGAUACUUACUUAUGGCGAUAAUUAUACACAUCUAAGUCCAAUAGAAUUGGCUGCAGAUUUUACAUUUUCUAGUCUACAACGGUUUGGUGAACAAUUCAUUGCCGAUUAUAUCGACGCUCGACGAUUGCCCAUCAAUAUAUUGCAGAAGAUGGUGAUUGUCGAUAGUCCCGGUUUGAUUGAUAUGGUACCAACGGCAAUGGCCAAGCAAACCAUCGAUAAUGAUGUCUAUCAAUGGUUUAUCGAUCGUUCGGAUGUCAUAUAUAUUGUCAUCGAUGUUAGCCAAUUACAUUUGUCCACUUCGCUGCGUGCUCUAUUAGAUCAACUUAAAGGCCGUGAAGUACGAUUCAUAAUUGCAAAAGCUGAUAUGGCAUCACAUUCUCAAAUAAUUUCAAUGUUUGGACAAUUAUUAUGGGUAUUGUCGCCCAUCAUGUCACAUGAACGUCCACCGAUGGUUUAUGCCCUUUCAACAUUACCACAGGAUAAUUUCGACGAAUUCGUUGAUAGCCAAGAGACGUCCUGGCUCAAAGAUUUAUCCCAACAAUUGAGUGGAAUUUCACGCAUCGAAUCACAUAUUGCCGAAGUUCGUCGUCAUGCUGUUCGCGUUCGUAAUCAUGCCAAGCUGAUAGAUUGUUAUCUUUCAACAUUCUAUAAGAAUAAAGGAUUAUUCACGUUCGGUUCGAGCUCAAGACAAUUGGCAGCUGAUAUUGCCGAAAAUCCACAUCAAUAUCGUAUCUAUUCCGGUGCAUUUAUGGGUCAAUUACAAAAUGUAUCCCGAUAUGAUCUUCCCGAUCCAGGAGUGUAUCGAGAAUUUUUCCGAUCGAAUCCUCUGAUUGAUUUCAAGCCAUUAACAUCUACAUGUUCAUAUUUCCGUGGUUGUCCUAUCGAUAGACUUGAUGUAGCCAUCGCCUAUGAUCUGCCUGAAUUGGUUGGCAAAUAUAAAAAAUUGACUAAAACCAAAUUUGAACAAAACUAGUUGACAAUUAUUAUCCAUACAUAAAUAUAUAUAAAAAAAAUAAUACAAGUCAAAUGAAAUAUUAUCUAUGAUUAUAGGUGCUCGUUUGUAUUGAUAAUGAUUAACCUGUCCUUUACACACACGCACGAACACGUUGUCUAUUAUAUAUUAUAUAUGUUGUUGUUAUUGUUGAUAUAACUAUCCAAGGAAAUCCCAUUAUCUAUUCAGAAGAAUUUGUUCAAUUAAAACUUCUCAAUUGGCCAUAUAUUCAUAUAAUAUUUUCAAA